AUGUCUUGUUUCGCCGAUAAUAAUGAAUUUGCAUCAUUAUCUACAUGCGGAGAAUGCGGUUUGAUGGGACCGUUAGAUAAAGUUGAGCAACAUUACCUCGAUUCGCAUUGCGUUGAUGGUAAUGACUCCUGCAAUGAGAUUGAAUACACCGAAGACCCCCAACUCGAAGACCCAGAAGAAUGCGAGACCGAGAAUAUUACAUCUUUAGGUGAAAAAAGCCUUAUCGCUCGGCCCACUAAUAGGGGUCACAAGUCAGACGGAAAUAAUGAAUGGUGUGAAGCAGAGACCAGACUUCUGCUUGACAAGUAUGAAUCCUAUUUGAAACACGUAGGACCGAUGAAGAAAUUCAAGAGAAAAAAGAAUAUGUGGCAACAGAUAUCCAAAGAUAUUGAGACUAUAUCAAAUAUUACAAAAACACCGACUCAGUGUGAAAAUCGCUAUAAAACAAUAUUGAAAAGAAAGAAAAAAGCUGUAGAUAACAAUAAUCAGACAGGACGCAAUCGAGUACCAGUAGAAUACGAAGCAGAAUUGGCAAAAAUUGCUGCACUUGAUGACAGCUUUGAACCCGAAGUACUACGAGAUAGUAGAAAUGUGAAAACGGCUGAAAAGCCAGGAAAUGAUCAAAAAUCAUUGAAAAGAAAAAGGGAAAGGAGUGUGCAGGAGGUAUUGAUGGAUAUUUCCAAGCAGAAAGAAGAGGCUAGGGAAAGAAGACACAAAGAAAAGAUGAAAAUGCUGGAAAAGAUUACGAACUCGAUCCACAACGGACCCGAUGAGUCCCAGAUAACCUUAGUAGAUGUAUUCAAGAAGUUGAUCAGCAUCGAGCAAAAGGCAGACAAGACACAAAGUACCGUAGAGAAAAUCAAAGAAGACUUAGAUCGUGAAAAAAGUAAGAUAUCUGAAAUCGAACGGGAAAACAGUGCACUCAAAGAGAAAGUGGGCAAGCUGGAACACUCCAUAAGAAAAAAUAACUUUCUUGUUUUUGGUCUACCACAAACUGAAGAUAUCUCAGAAAUAAUUGAACACCUAUCUAAUGCACUUGAGAUCAAACUCAGUUUGAGCGACUUUAACAACGUUUAUCGCAUUGGAGAUAAAGCCAAGAGUAAUCUACCAAUUAAAUUUGAAACACUAACAUAUUUCAAGAAGCUUGAAGUACUAAGAAAUACAGCGAAGUUGAAGGGAAAGAAUAUAAACAUUGUCCAGGAUUUGAAUAAAGAAGACCAAAAAAUAAAUAAAGAAUUAAGAGGAUUCCUGAAUACUGCCAAACAGAACAAGAUAAAAUCAAACAUAAGACAAAAUAAGCUGAUAAUAAACAAUAAAGAAUAUACAUUGAGUGAGCUUACUGCAGACCCAGGUAUAGUUAGAAGAAGAGGAGAGGAGGAAGAACAGUUCGAGCAAUCUGGUACUAAAAGAAGAAACAUUUCCCCACCCGAACAACCUAUCUCGAAAAAAAACCAAAAAGAAAAUUCUUCAGGGCGUAGCAUACAAACUAGAGGAACCUCGAAAUAUUAA